AUCGAACUGGCAACACUGCGCGAUCUGCCAAGUGCCAACGUCUCCGGCGAUGAUGGUACAGUCAACUAGAAACAUGACUUCCUCAAGAAAAUUAGUGAAUGUAUUCGUUUUAUCAACAUUAGUAACAUUAUUCGCCAGUGUUCAAGCUGGUGGAAAUACAUUGGUAUUAUUGGAUAACUUAGCUAUCAAGGAAACUCACUCCGUUUUCUUCAAAUCCCUGCAAGAAAGGGGAUAUGUCCUCACCUUCAAGUCAGCUGACGAUGCCAGCUUAUCCCUCACGAAGUAUGGAGAAUAUCUGUAUGAGCAUCUCAUAUUGUUUGCCCCUUCUGUUGAUGAGUUUGGUGGCUCCUUAAGCGUUGAUGCCAUCACUGAAUUUGUUGAUGGGGGUGGUAACCUGCUUGUUGCUGCCAGCCCGAGCACAAGUGACCUGAUUCGAGAAAUCGCAUCUGAGUGUGGUUUUGAAGUUGAUGAUGACGGAGCUGCUGUGAUUGAUCAUCUGAAUUACGAUGUCAAGGACGCUGGGAAGCACACACUUAUUGUUGCCAACCCAGCAAACCUUAUUGAUGCACCUGUCAUUGUUGGUCCAAAAACCUCUUCACCCCUGCUGUAUCAAGGAACAGGCUUGGUUGUUGAUCGGGAGAACCCUCUAGUGCUGACUUUGUUGUCUGCUGACAGCUCAGCAUACAGCUACAAUCCAGACAGUGCUAUUGAUGAGUACCCUCAUGCUGUUGGCAAAAAUACUGCUCUGAUUGCUGCCCUUCAAGCCCGGAACAAUGCCCGUGUGGUGUUCUCUGGCUCUCUCUACUUUUUCUCUGAUGAAGCUUUUGCAUCACCUGUGCAGAGGGCUCUGGAUAACAAGAAACACCAGCUGUCUGGGAAUCUCCAAGUUGCAACUGCUAUCAGCCGCUGGCUGUUAAGGGAAAGUGGUGUUCUGCGCGUGAAGUCUGUGAAGCAUCACAAAAAGGGUGAAACUAGUCCUCCUUCCAGUUAUACUAUCAUGGACACUGUAGUGUAUUCCAUUGGCAUUGAUCAGUACGAUGGAACCAAGUGGGUGCCAUUUAAGGCAAAUGAUGUGCAAUUGGAAUUUGUUCGAAUUGACCCAUUUGUUAGGACAACUUUGAAGUACCAACAAUCUUCUGGCCUGUAUGAAGUGAGCUUCAAAAUUCCUGAUGUGUAUGGUGUUUAUCAAUUUAAGGUUGAAUACAACCGCAUUGGAUACACGAGAUUAUUCAGCACAACUCAGGUAUCUGUUCGUCCUCUGGAGCACACUCAGUAUGAGCGCUUUAUUUUAAGUGCUUACCCCUAUUAUACUAGUGCAUUUAGUAUGAUGCUUGGUGUUGUUCUCCUUAGUGUUGUGUACCUUCAUUACAAGGAUGAACCAAAGAAAAGCAAGAGUGAAUAAUUUUUAUACUGAGUGUUAAAUAUGUUAAUUGAAUUUAUCAAAUGAACUGAUCUUAUUUAGUAAAUUACAGAACUGUUUUGGCUUUUCUCAUCACAAAACAUGUCUUCGUUAUGUUUUAAUGACGUAAUUGUUGUCUUGUUGCCUUUCCCACAAGUGUGCCAGCAUUCCAGUGUUAAGUCAAUUGUCGCACUAAAAUAUUAAUGUCAUUCUGUUGAUGUGGCUUUCCUUUGCCUCUACAAACUUAAAUCAGUCUAGCGUCUCAGUUUCUUUGUUUGUUUUCCUUUUUGUAAAAUAAAACUUAAUAAAAGGUGAA